AUGUCAGACGACGAGAUGCGUCUGAGUGCACUGCGGAAGAUACGGACAGUUCUUCUUUUCUACCCUGACGACUCGGAACUGGGAAGAAACUUGCUGAGCUGCGCUGGCACGUUGGUGGAAGAGUCCAAGCUGACUAAGACCAUUCAAGCCUACAAGUUCAUGAUGCAUUCGACCGGCGCCGUGCCGAAUCCGACUGCGCCUGAGCUGCCGGUUGUUGGUGUUUCCGCUGUGGAAAAUUUCGUUCUGGAUUCCCAAAAGUUUUUCAAAGUGGUUGUGGCCAAAGAUCGCAAGGAUGCAGUUUUGCCUUUGAUUGCUCUAGGCAACGGACUGGAGCAACCGGCGUGGGGGCCGCGCUGGGUCAAAGUUCGCGACCAGCUUGGUCUUGAUAAAGCCCAGUGCCUGAUGCCCGCUGUUACGAGCGCGGGGACCUUCCUCGAUCGGCCUAUGACUGCGGCUGAGGGGGCUCUGUGGUUGAGGGAGAUUCUGCAUGUGCAAGGGGUCCCAGCAAACUUGGAGCUUUACAGUAGUCAUAGUCUGAAGGCCACGGCGCUUUCUUGGACGGCGAAGUCGUGCACCAUGUCUUAUGAGGAAAGGCUCACACAGGGCCAUCGCUGCUCGCCGAAGCAUGGGAUGGCACUCCUCUACUCGAGGAAUGCCCUGGCUGAGAUUUUGACCAAGGUGGCCAGAGUGGUACGAGCCAUCCAGCGGGGUGACUUCGCCCCUGACUUGCCUAGAGCAGAGAGGGUGGCCCGUGCCUUGAGCGAGGAACCGGGCGCAGCAAUGCCUCCUCCCAAAAUGCAUCUCUCAAGGAGCUGCUUGACUCACUGCCGCAGGGAUGCGUCCGCCAACUCAGUGCCUGCUGGACUGAGCGGUCAGGUGGAUUGCGAGCCAGAGCGUCUCGCAAAGAGUUUCCUUGGGCAGCCUUCCGCCAUUUCCGCUGAGCAAAUCCUUACUCUUUUUGAUGCCUUGCCGCGAGGCUGCAGCAGUCGCAGCGAUGAGGGCGCCUCUUUUGGUGCCGGAGCAUUUGUGCGUGUUGGCGUCGGGCUUCGGCAGUCCUGCAAAGUCUACCCGAAUUCAAUCAUGGCGGUCAACCGAUUCGCUCAAGGCGUUGUUGACUCCUUGCGUUACACCAGUUUUGUCAUUCUUGAUAACAAUUUGGCAAAGGAGCACAAAGAUUCUCCGAAUGUGGUUGUGCCGUUGUCGGCUUUCAGUGGCGGAGACAUUGUUGUCAAUGUUGAGGGGCAGGAAGUAUGCCUGAAUGUUUCUCAGGGUCCGGUAUCUUUCUGUGCACGUGAGCAUGCUCAUCAUGUCACGCCCUUCCAGGGGCGGCGUGUGAUCCUAGUCCUCUUUAGCCUCAGAGGAUGCCUGCAUCUGUCCGAAGAUGAUCAAGCGUGCUUGAUCAGGUUGGGCUUUCCCUUACCAACUGCAGAAGCCCUGAGCUCAAGCGUGGCGCCGCUGCCCAACCGCCCCGCUAAGGGCUCAUCCGUGCUGGGCUGCAACUCCCUGAAGCAUCAGGGCCUCAGCCAUGAAAAAGCUUCCUUGGCGAAGGUACCGCGCCUCGUCCCAAUCUCGGCCGUCAGGUUCCACUGCUGGUGGAGCUAUGCGCGGGUUCGGCCAGUCGCCCUGGCUUCCGGCUGGGAUGUCAUCCCGAUUGAUCAAGCGUCCUGCCGCUUCUCUCCUCGCACCCCCCUUGUCAUUUUGGACUUGAAAGACCCUCUUUGCAUGGAUCUCCUUCUGCGCUUUGAUCAAGGCGCGCCUGCAGACUGGUUUCAUCUGGGACUCCCACGCGGGACCUGCUCACGGGCCCGUGAGCGCCCCUUGCCAAUCUCUUCGGCUUUGCGGACCUCAAGCCUUUUGAAGCCGAACAGGUGGCAGCGUCGAAUGCCGUCUACAGGGCAUGUGUCAGAAUCUUGUUCCGGGCCUAUCAGACCGGGGCCCUAA